CGCAGAUCGGGUGCGGGGGGGACAGCGCACUUGAUCCGCCGGUCUACUCGCUAGACCUUGAGUUGAUGCUGUCUAGCUUUACUCAGCUUUUUCCACCCAGCUUAAGGUGGACUUCAGAUUGUCCCACCUUUUCCCACCCAGCUUUAGUUGAUCCGCCUCGCCAAAACCCAUGACGUACGAUCUGGAGAAACGCGGGCUGGUGUCCGACUCUAUGUCGGAUGACAACGAGGAUCUUCACUGUCGCCGCUGCGGGCGUCGCUGGGAGCCGAGCGGGGCGCGGUUCUGCCCGAAGUGCGGGGCCAGGCGCCGCGAGCAGUUCGGGUCAUGUUGCCCGAGCUUCUUUUGUUGCUGCUGCAUUUGCUGUGUCUCUUUGCUUUUGAUCCUGGUGAUCAGCCUGGUUCUUGGCAUCAACAGUCUUCAGACCUGGCUCAGCUCCAGCGCGGUCAAGGUGCUGUCGGCCACGCUGAAUGUGCCAGUGACUUUGGGCUAUGUACAUAUUGGGCUUUUGGAAGGCCGUGCAGCAGUGCGAGACUUGAUCGUGGGCAGUCCGCCAGGCUUCUCGCAUGACUUUUUGGAUCUGGAACACUUGGUCUUCGACAUUGGCCCCAUGUCUUUGCUGCAGUCGCGGUUGCUGGGUUCCUCCAGCUUCCCCAUCGAAGUGGAGGAGAUCAGCGUGAAGACGUUGCACGUCUUCAUUGAGCAAGCCUCUGAGAGCUCGCCGUCCAAUGCGAAGAUCAUCGUCGAUCACCUGAAUUCCUUAGCCGCCUCUUCCUUGGCCGCUCCGACCGCGCAGCAAGUGGAGGACUCGGCGGCCGAAGCGGUUCAUGCGUUGACCAGCCGGAUCCAGGCAGAUCGCAUCGACUUCGAGGACAUCGGCAUCGGCUAUUGCGUGAAUCCGAACUGUGAGAAGAUGGGACCGGCCACCUAUGUUAUCAAGGAGAUCCUGAUCCAAGAUGUCGGAAAGAAAGGCAAAGGUGUUUUCCUCUACCAACUCGCUGAGGUGGUGGUGCGCACUUUGCUCCUGGCGAUUUUGAAGGCCGCGCCGGAGAACCUCCGAGAGAACCUGCUUCGUGCCGUGGGCUCUGGGAUCCAGAAUCAAUUGGAUGACCUGGACUUUGGCAGCGUCCACCUCGAUCUGGGCGAUGGGAGCGGCCUCCAGAGUGCAGGAGAGCUGGCAGGCUGGGUCUCAGGGAAGUUUGCCUCGCUGCCGCUGGCUGCCAGCAAUGCUGCUGUGGCGAUGAACACCAAAGCCCUCGAGGCUGAGAACGCCUUGCGCAACGGAGCGAUCGCCACUCAGGCGAAGAUGGGCUUGGAGGCUGCGAAGAUGGGCACCGAGAUGAUCGGAAUGGGUGUGAAGGCGAACACAGCCUUCACAAACAUGGGCGUGAAGGCCAACACAGAGCUGCUCAAUGCUGAGACCAAGGCUGACCAGUUGCGCCGAAGAGAAUAGCAUUCAGCAGUUCUUCAAGAAGCUCUGAUCAUCCUUUGGGCCAACAACUUCUUCAACAACGUGAGAAACGACUUCACCACGGGCUUUACUUCUGGGAUUCGCUGAUUGACAUGUCACGACAUCCCCGUGACCAACCCGCAGCGCGAGACACGAGACGUCGCGUGCGUUGUACAGAUUCCCUCAGCCCACAGAGCUGUGCUGAGAGGAGGCCCUCUUAAUCCAUCUUCCCGCAAGUGUCGUCGAAGACGGUUUGAUGGGGCCACCGUCGGUGAUGGCCAGAAGUCGAAGACUUGUACAUCGGCUCCGGGGUAGAUUCUAGUUCUGCUACCAUGUUC